CAAUGUUGCAGACCUCAGGCGGAAGGAUGCCUGGCAAGAAAGUUGCAUACAGGAACCGAGGCGGCAGUAGAGGAGGGGUUGAAGUUUAGACAUGUUACUGGACCCAACGGAUUUGGUUUUUUUUUCAGAUCCAUCAAUUCCACUCCCCAGCAUAGGGAGUUUCUCUUGCGUUGUUUUUUUUAAAUUUCCACUACCCUCUCUGCGGGUACUCGACGGCCGUCGAAGGAUGGAGAUCGUGUGUCGGCUGUUGGCAGCCCUCAUAACCCUGGGGACUCUGUGCGGUGCUGAGACCGUGAAGUUUCACGAGUGCGGAUCUACAGUUGGAAAAAUUCUGACAGUGGAAAUAACGCCCUGCCCCACUCUCCCAUGUAUACUUCGCAAAGGACAGACAUCUGCUGUGAAUGUCACCUUCAUCAGCAAAACCUCAACUAAAACAAGCACAGCUGUAGUUCAUGGGAUCUUGAAUAAAGUUCCAAUUCCUUUUCAUAUCCCUAAUGCUGAUGGCUGCAAAUCUGGAAUUCGGUGCCCCAUCCAGAGCAAUCAAACCUACCACUACAUCAAUUCGUUACCAGUAAAAAGCGAAUACCCAUCAAUUAAAUUGGUGGUUUCAUGGGAACUGAAGGAUGAAAAUGACCGCAGUCUUUUCUGCUGGAGAAUCCCUGUCCAGAUUACCGAUUAAACAAGAUCACCAAUUGCCAGCUUCUUAACAACAGUACUCACAAUGGACUAAUCCAGAGAACAGUUUCUAGAUCGUGCAUAUUCAGGAAGUUGGGAAUGACUUCAAUUUUGCUUUAAGCAUAGUGUUGUUAUUUCCACUCAGUUUUUGAACGUAGAUGUCUAGACUAUAAUCUAUCCUAUCUUUAAAACAAGUGGAUCAAUAAAGAUGUGAAUUACAGUGUU